CAAACUAACACCGAGACACGUGAGCACACCCGUGACGUCAUGUGGUAAGCGACAGAGUCAUCUGGCGCUGCACAGUUGGGGUAACGUGAUUAUUUUCAACCCCGAAAAUGGUCAAAUCGGGGAAACUUCGGUCUGGGACAGGGUCGAAACUCAAACGGUGGAAGAAAGGACACAGUAGCGACUCAAACCCGCAGACGAGUCGUUUUCGGCAGGCUGCUAAAAGCCGCUUCUUCAGCCGACCCACCGGAAAGAGUGAUCUAACAGUUGAUGCUCUUAAGCUACACAAUGAGCUGCAGGCAGGUCCACUAGAGCUAAGUGCAGGCGGCCGUAAGGAUGCCUGUAUGGAAGAGGAGCCAGAUGAGGCGUUGUCAGAAAGGACCUCAGGUACCUUUCUCAGCGGCCUGUCGGACUGCUCCAACCUGACCUUCAGAAAGGUGCAGCGCUACUGGGAGUCCAACUCAGCUGCUCACAAAGAGAUCUGUGCAGUGUUGGCAGCUGUUACUGAGGUGAUUCGUAGUCAAGGAGGGAAGGAGACUGAAACAGAGUACUUUGCUGCUUUGAUGACCACCCUGGAGGUUGUGGAUUCAGCAGAGUCACAGGCUGCUGUGGCGUACCUCCUCAACCUCGUCAUGAAGCGGGUUCCUGCUCCAGUGCUCAUGUCUAAGUUCUCGGACACCACCAAGGCUCUGAUGGACGUCAUGUCUAAACAGGCCACGUCUGAGACCGCCUCAGCUCUUAGAUGGAUCCUGUCAUGCCUGGCCACUUUGUUAAGGAAGCAGGAUGCAUCUGUCUGGACAUACCCAACUACUCUUCAGGCUUACCACGGCCUUCUGAGCUUCACAGUGCACAGCAAGCCUAAGAUCCGUAAAGCAGCACAGCAAGGUGUUUGCUCCAUUCUCAGAGGUAGUGACUUCCUGUUUACAGAUAAUGCCCCAACCCAUCACCCUGCUGCAGCGACCACAGCCAAGUUCUGCAUCAAAGAAAUGGAGCAGGCAGGAGGCAGCAAAGAGGACACCACCACACUUCAUGUGCUGGGUCUCCUAAAGGAGUUGAUUGGGACAUUUCCUCUGGGAGCUGUCAAGUCCUGUUGUGAGACUCUGCUGCGAGUGAUGACACUCAGCCAUGUGCUGGUGACGGCAAGUGCCAUGCAGGCCUUUCAUAUGCUAUUCAGCGGGAAGCCAAAUGCUUCAUCCCUCUCUCCCGAACUCAAUGCACAGAUCAUCACGGCUCUGUAUGACUACCUGCCCAGUGAGAACGAUCUGCAGCCUCUGCUGGCCUGGCUCGCUGUCAUGGAGAAAGCGCAUGUUCACUUAGCAAAUUUGCAGAGUUCUCUGAGUUUGGGUCACCUCCCUCGCCUCUUCUCUGCUGCUACCUCCUGCCUGUUGUCGCCUCACAAACAGGUGGUCUCUGCAGCCACCAAUACACUAAAGACUUUGUUGACUGAAUGUGUUGCCCCUCGCAUGGAGGAAAUGGGCAUAAUCACUGCCACAGCCUCUGCGGGGAACCCCUCCUAUGUCUGCAAAAUGUUUCGUAUCAUAGAAGAAGGAUUGUCCUAUCGCUUCCAUGCCUCCUGGCCAUUUGUGCUGCAGAUCCUGGGUUGCUUCUAUCGAGUUGCAGGGAAACAAGCUCACCCCAUAAUGACAAAGUCCCUGCAGUCUCUGGCAGACCUGCGCUCCACUCCUCAAUUCCCCUUCAGCGGUGAGUUGGACCUGGCUGUAGGAGGAGCUGUAGAGAGCAUGGGGCCUGAAGUUGUGCUGGGUGCUGUGCCUCUCAGCAUCACCGGCUAUGAGGAUGACCUGGAGUUCCCACGCAGCUGGCUGGUCCCAGUCAUACGGGAUCAUGUGAAGAACACUCACCUCGGUUUCUUUGCUUCUUAUUUCCUCCCUCUGGCAUCUACUCUCAAGCACAGAGCUGAAGAGUUGGAGCAAGCAGGACAGAAACUUGAGGCCAAAGUCUACCAGACAUUACAGCUACAGAUUUGGACUAUGCUCCCUGGCUUCUGUACACGUCCUGUGGACCUGCUGGCAUCCUUCAAAGGCAUUGCCCGCGUACUCGGUAUGGCUAUUAAUGAACGGCCAGAACUGAGACUCAUAGUGUGCCAGGCUCUACGCACUCUCAUCACCAAGAGCUGCUCCACUGAGGAAGAAAAGGCUGAAGUGGGCCGAUUCUCUAAGAACUUCCUGCCCAUCUUUUUCAACGUGUACAGCCAGCAGCCUGCAGCUGGAGAGUCCGGCACCUACAGGAUGGCUGUACUAGACACUAUCAAGGUCUACUUAACCGUCACUGAAACACAGAUGGUCUGCUCGUUCCUGCAAAAAGCCACAGACAGAUUGAGCAGCACAGACACCACUGAGUUCACACGGCUGUCAAUGAUGGACCUUGUGGUUGCCAUGGCUCCUUCUGUAGAUGAGGUCACCAUGACUAAAACCUUUGAGCUGAUUAGGCCAUAUUUGGAGACCAAAGAGCCAGGCAUGCAGAAGAAGGCGUAUCGUGUGCUGGAGGAGAUGUGCGGCGGAGAGAGAGAUGAGUGUAGGUCGUUUGUCGUGGCUAAUCUGGAAACACUCAAAGUCGUCCUGCUCGAGACUCUGAAAAACGCCUCUUCACCAGCAAAGAGGCCAAGACUGAAGUGUCUGAUCCACAUCGUAAAAAGGCUCAGCGAAGAACACAAAGACUUUAUCACCGCACUGCUGCCAGAGGUGAUUAUCUGCACCAAGGAGGUGUCUGUUGGAGCUCGUAAGAAUGCCUACAAUCUGCUGGUGGAAAUAGGAAAUGCAUUUGUCCGUUUCUGUGGGAACACAAAAGAUGCCAUGGAGCAGUAUUUGGUGUUGGUGUACGCAGGACUCACAGGCUCCGUCACCAUGAUUACCUGUACGGUGUUGGCGCUAACUCGAUUAGUGUUUGAGUAUAAAGAUGCUAUAGAGGUGGCCACCAGGGAGCAGCUGCUGCACAAUGUUUGUCUGCUGCUGUCGUCUCGUACCAGAGAGAUAGUCAAAGCCUCCUUAGGCUUCAUCAAGGUCAUCCUCUUCAUCAUGGAUCCCAAGACGCUGGCAUCGCAUGCCACUGUCAUGAUGGAGGGCGUUGGGAACAUCAAAGAUGACGUGAGGAGGCACUUCAGAACCAAGCUGAAGAACAUCUUCACUAAGUUCAUCAGAAAGUUUGGUUUUGAGCUGGUGAAGAGCAUACUGCCUGCAGAACACCACAAGGUGCUUGCAAACAUCCGCAAGGCUGAGGCUCGCACCAAGAGACGGAAACAGGCCGCAGAGCAGCAGGACGACUCGGAGAGCGAAGAGGAGGCACCUAAAAUGAAGAGCAAAAGUAUUGAGGACAUCCUUGCAGAGUCAGACAGUGAUUUAUCAGAGGAUGAAGGAAAGGCUGGAAAUUCUAAGAAGAAAGCAGGCAAACAGCAGAAAGGACGGGCCUGGCUCAAAGAAGGGGAGGAAGAUGACCCACUCAACUUCCUGGAUUCCAAAGUUUCCCAGAGAGUACUAGCGACCAACCCAGCGCUAAAAAAGAGUGCCAAGGUUGAACAUGGCUUCAAGGUGACGUCAGACGGGCGGCUAAUCAUCAGAGAGGAUGAUGAGGAGGAUGUGAAAGACAAAGAUGAGGGAGAGAUGAAAGAUAUCCUAGAAGAGGCUGGAGUCAAGAGUAAAAAGUCACAGAAAAGGAAGUUCCAAGAUGACAACUUUGAUGAGGACAUGGACAUUGAACCCCAGCAAAAAUAUAAAGCUGGGGGCUCGGGUAUCCACAGACCCCUGGGAGGAAGGGAAGAUAUCGGGGGAGACUACAAGUCAAAGAAAGGAAAAGGAGAUGUUAAGAAAAAAGGAAAGCUUGAUCCUUACGCUUACAUCCCUCUGAAGAAGGCCCAGCUCAAUCGCAGGAAGCGUGCCAAACUGCAGGGCCAGUUCAAGGGCAUGGUGAGAGGAGCCCAGAAGGGGGCGAUGUCUGGAAGGAAAAUGCAGAGGAAAAAGGGGAAAGCCUGAAGAACAUACUUAUUACACAGUGGACUUUAAAUGUGUGUGUGUGCGUGUGUGUGUGUGUGUGGUGGUGGUGUGUUCAUAAACAUACUAAAAUGUAGACAUACACAUUGGAUGUGUGUGUAUGUCUGGAUGUGUGUUUUUGACAGACUGUCGUUGAAGGUGAAAACUCUAGAAAUGCUUUGAUGCAAUGCUUUCGCAACAGUCAAUAAUAACAAUGUGUUGGAUGUGCUGUCCCUGCUUUGAUGGAUAUUGACAGACCAAAUGGAAAAUCCUUUGGCUGUCAAAAAAUCACUUAACUGUAAUCUGUUGUGUAUGCAUCAGAUAAAACUCUCCCUUUUGAUAAACAUAAAUGUAUUUAUGUAUGGACAUUGUCUAGAUAUGUGGACAGACAAUAAGACUGGUUUGGGAAGAGUAA